GUUUAUAAAUUGCCGCAAAAUACAACAGUUUGCGUUACUAAUGUCCUUCAAAGAAAGGGAUUUGCUGUAUCGUCUGAUCAUUAGUCAACUGUUUUAUGAUGGUUUUCAGACUAUGGCUGUUAAUCUGGUUAAUCUAGUAAGUCCUUCAGCGGCAUGUGGUCCAUCCAAUCGCCUAUUCCGUCUCGUAAAACUUGGCCUUUCUGCUUCUGAAGAUGAGCAUGAAAAGUCAGGCGUUAUUGAAGGUGAAAGUAUUGCCCCAGGCACGGGAAUCGAUCUGGAAGUUGAGAGUGAAAGUUCUACAAUGGCUCCUGAGGCAGCUCUAUAUGAAACUUGUUAUGUAACGGCACAUAAGGCAGCCUGUCGUGCAGCAUCCUUUAAUAGCACAGGUCAGUUAGUUGCAACAGGAUCUCAUGACUCUUCGAUCAAGAUACUUGAUGUUGAACGAAUGCUAGCCAAAAGUGUCUCACCAACUGACCAUUUAGGUCAAGAGACACCUCAACAACAAAUGGAGACUCAUCCAGUUAUACGAACACUCUAUGAUCAUACAGCUGAAGUUACAUGUGUAGAUUUCCAUCCAGAUCCAACGCUGCAGAUCCUUGUUAGCGGAAGUAAAGAUUAUACAAUCAAACUGUUUGACUUUUCAAAUCCAUCUGUUAAAAAAGCUCAACGAAAUAUUCCGGAAGCUUCCCCAAUACGAACUUUACAUUUUCAUCCAUCUGGUAACUUUUUACUUGUUGGCACUCAGCAUAAAACACUUCGUUUAUAUGAUGUACAAACCUGUCGUUGCUAUGUAUCAGCCGUUCCAGAAGACCAACAUCUUAGUGCAGUUAAUAUGGUUCGGUGGUCACCGAAUGGAACUGCUUUUGUUACUGCUGGGAUGGAUGGCAGCUUCAAGAUUUGGGAUGGAGUUUCAUGUAGAUGUGUUAACACAUUUGAAGCUGCACAUGAUGGUGCACCUGUGUGUUCUGUAGUUUUUUCACGUAAUGGAAAAUAUAUCCUUAGUUCUGGUAAAGACAGUGCAGUUAAACUAUGGGAAUUAGCCACUGGACGAUGUCUUAUAACCUACACUGGAGCAGGUACAGUAGGACAUCAAACACAUAGAUCAAUGGCUGUCUUUAAUCACACAGAAGAUUAUGUACUAUUCCCAGACGAAGCAACAAAAAGCCUGUGUUGUUGGGAUUCACGUAAUGCAGACAGACAGCGUUUAUUAGCCCUUAAUCAUAACGGGCCAAUCCGAUGUUUUGUACAUUCACCAACAACAGCGGCAUUCAUGUCCUGUAGUGAUGAUAAUCGUGCAAGAUUUUGGUAUAAACGUCCUAUAUCAGACUGAAAUUAUUGUAACCAUAACAUUAGACAAACUGCUUUAUUUUGUACAAACUAAACUGUUUUAUUAUUAAUUGUUUAAAAAGAGAAAUAAAGCAUCGUUAAUUGUUAAACUAACAUUUUAUUCAAAUUAAGUAGACAUUCUUUUACAUGACUGAAAAUAACUGGUGAAGAAAUAAAUAAAACUAAACAAUC